GAAAAUUUGGUUUCAAAAUCGACGUAUGAAAUGGCGCAACUCCAAGGAGCGCGAACUACUGGCCAGCGGCGGCUCACGUGAUCAAACAUUACCCAACAAGAACAACCCCAAUCCCGACUUAUCCGAUGCUAAAUGCGAUCGCCCCAUUUCACCGCUCUCGCCAACUCCUCCAUCACCACCCUCGCACAGCCUAUCGCCACAACCCAAAGAGGAGCGCGCCAAUGCCGACACACCAACCAACAACGGUGCAGCCACGCCCAACGCCAUGCAAUCUCCGGCGUCCACGCCCUCCGCAUCUGCCACGCUUCAUUCGCCACCGCUCAUGCAUCAUAUACCCAGUAGUGUGGCUGUGGCAGCUGCCGCCGCUGCGGUGGCCUUCAGCUCGGCGCCGAGCAUGCAAAUGAGCUCACCACCUCCGCUGCUGACCGUCGCCGCCAAAUUGAAUGCCAAUCUAAACGAUCAAUCAUCGAACGCAUCCUCUUCGGCUGCCUCAUCGCCACCGCUUUCUGCUGGCGGCGGCGGCAUUGUUAUUGGUGGUGGUUGCGGUGCCGGUGCCGGUGGUGCGAGUAUUGGCAUGCCGCCUUUGUCGAGCGCCGAGUUCCAGGCGAAAAUCAAUGCGGAAAUGCAAAAACAUCUGGCCGCUGCCGAUCUCAAAUUCAAAUUGGAGUCAACAAUCAACGAAGCUAAGCAGCGGCGCAUCAAUAUGCUGAGUCUGGCCGGCGCUGUAGCAGGCGCAGGUGGGAUUGGUGGUGAACAGCAUUCCUUGCAGCUGCACGCGGCCCAUCCGGGCGGCAUUUUCAUGAGUGAGGCACUGCAGGCGUCGCAUAACCACCAACACCAACACCAUCAACACAGCAGCAACGGUAUGCACUUGUCAGCAUCGCCGCCAGUACCAACGUCAGCGCAUUCACAUGUCAGUACGCACGCGAUGCCACCAUUCCAGAAUCCGGAAUUCAUGAAAAUGUACUACGACGACUACGAUGAUUCAAAUUCAGAUAGUGAUGAGGAAAUCAGCGUAACGUGACCACAUUAAACGAAUGAAAAUCGACGAUUACUUGUACAUAAAUGCAUAAAUACUAAGUAAGACUUGGGCCAAAAACAUUAAAAAAAACUACGCAUACAUGCAUAUACAUAUAUAUGUAUACACGCAUAUGGUAUAUGUAUGUAUGUUUUCGUUUGUAUUAAAAUGUGUGA